GAGCCCAACAGUGCGGUUAAAGUUAGCUCCAUUUUCCCUUUGGGUUCUAAAAUUGCCGGUUCCUGAAGCAAUAGCAAUUUAAUUCGAUUUGAUUCAUACAAAUUAAUUGAUUGAUUCUACUUAGAAUCAACUAUCCCAAUCAUUACUGAAAUUAUACAAACACAAAGCAUUUUCCUAGUUGUUGAAUUGAUGCAUUAAUUUGAUUCGACUAGACAUAUACAUACAUACAUGUUGGUGUAUGUAUAUCCAACCACAAAUGGCUUAACGAUUGAUUCAAAAUGUCAAGCGAUCAAAUUACAUUGUUACGAUCCAAUUCAGACUCUUCGGAAGAAGAUAUUGAGGGCCAGAAUCAAUUACACACACCGACGAAAGGAGUUACAGAUCUGAUCAAGCGAUUGGAUCGGAGGUUUUCGCCUCGUCGAAAGCGUGGUGAUCUGGUGAAGACGCAUUCCGCCUCUGCGUCUUCGAUAGAGCCUAGUGCUGCUGAUGAGAUUUUGGGGGAUGGUGCGCCGCCUGAAUGGGCGUUGUUGCUGCUUGGUUGUCUUUUAGGUCUCGCCACUGGCCUUUGCGUUGCUGGCUUUAAUCGCGGGGCACACAUAAUACAUGAAUGGGUCUGGGCGGGUACCCCAAACGAGGGUGCUGCUUGGCUCCGUUUACAGAGGUUGGCUGAUACUUGGCAUCGGAUUCUUCUAGUACCAGUCACGGGUGGAGUUAUUGUUGGUAUGUUGCAUGGUUUGCUGGAAAUAUUAGAUCAAAUCAAGCAAUCCACUUCUUCUCAAGGGCAGGGUUUUGAUUUGCUUGCUGGAGUAUUUCCAAUAGUGAAGGCUAUUCAGGCUGCCGUGACCUUAGGAACUGGUUGUUCUUUGGGACCCGAAGGCCCUAGUGUAGAUAUUGGGAAAUCAUGUGCAAAUGGAUGCUCAGCUAUGAUGGAAAACAACAACGAAAGGAGGAUAGCCCUUGUUGCAGCUGGUGCAGCUGCUGGAAUAGCUUCAGGUUUCAAUGCUGCAGUUGCUGGUUGUUUCUUUGCUAUAGAAACGGUCUUAAGACCUCUUCGUGCAGAAAACUCCCCUCCAUUUACAACCGCAAUGAUUAUACUUGCAUCUGUUAUUUCAUCUACUGUAUCAAGUGCUGUGCUUGGAGAAAAACAGGCUUUCACAGUGCCCACGUAUGAUUUGAAAUCUGCUGCUGAACUACCUCUAUACCUUAUACUGGGAAUGCUAUGUGGAGUAGUAAGCGUGAUAUUUACUCGUUUGGUAGCUUGGUUCACUGAGGCGUUUGAUUACAUCAAAGAUAAAGCUGGUAUACCGCCAGUUGUAUGCCCAGCAUUGGGAGGUUUAGGUACGGGCCUGAUAGCACUCAAGUAUCCUGGGGUACUCUACUGGGGUUUUACCAACGUUGAUGAAAUUUUACAUACUGGGAAGACAGCGUCAGCACCUGGAAUUUGGUUGCUUGCUCAGUUAGUUACUGCAAAAGUUGUAGCUACGGCUCUUUGCAAAGGUUCUGGGCUUGUUGGUGGCCUUUAUGCACCAAGUUUAAUGAUUGGUGCUGCUGUAGGGGCUGUGUUUGGAGGUUGUGCUGGACAAUUAAUCAAUUCAGCUAUUCCAGGAAAUGCUGCUGUUGCUGAACCACAAGCAUAUGCAUUGGUUGGAAUGGCUGCUACAUUAGCAUCAGUUUGUUCAGUACCCUUGACAUCUGUUUUACUUCUUUUUGAGCUGACAAAAGAUUACAGAAUACUGCUUCCUCUCAUGGGGGCAGUUGGGUUAGCUAUAUGGGUGCCCUCUGUGACAAAUGAGUCCAAGGAGGGUGAGGCAUUAGAGACAAAGGUUGCAACAGGAGGUUACUCUGUUCUUGCACCAGUUGUUGACAAGGAUAGCGUUGGCACUUGGCGACGAAGUGAUGGAGAUGGUUUGGAACUCUCUGUGAUGGGAAGUGGUGGUCACCAUGAACAUAUUGAGGAAGAAUUAUAUUUGGAAAAUUUGAAGGUCUCCGAAGCAAUGACAAACAAAUUUGUCAAAGUUUUUUUAACACUUACCAUAAGGGAGGCACUAAAGUGCAUGCAUGAUGGUCAACAAAAUUGUGCUCUUGUAGUUGAUACUGAAGAUCAUUUAGAAGGGAUAUUAACAUUUGGCGACAUCAAAAGAAGUCUUUCCAAGAAUUCCAGUGGUGCUUCCAGCAGCGAUUCUUCAGUUCCAGAUUUACGUCAGUCUCUUGUUUCUUCUAUAUGCACAAGAGGAAUAAACUAUCGUGGAAAGAGGCGUGGACUUUUAACUUGUUACCCAGACACAGACUUGGCAAUCGCUAAGCAGCUAAUGGAAGCUAAGGGAAUAAAGCAGCUGCCUGUUGUUAAUCGUGGUGUGGAUUUCAAAGAAGAAAGGAAACGCAGACUUAUAGCUGUACUUUACUAUGAUUCAAUCUGGAGUUGCAUCAGGGAGGGUGCAAAUGGUCGAAAAUUGUCAGCCAGCCGGAAAAGAGAAGAGGAUAAUUCUGAGGAGAAGAUUAGAAAUGGUCAUUAAAGUGUAAAUGUGUUGUUUAAGCUAGGGUUUCCUCUAUAUGUGCCAAACACAAAUAUGAUCAGGACGUAAUCAGGCACGAGGCGUGGUUGACAUGGAAGUCUUAGCAGUAAACUUGCUCUCACACUGUAGGAAUAUAUGGUUGGUUGCCGAUUUUGAUGUAAUAUAGCAAUAUAUAUAUAUAUAUGUACAUUUAGUUUCUUCAA